AUGCCCGCCACUCCGACCACCGAAGAACUCUCAAAACUGCACACGCAAGAACUCAAGACUCUGCACGCCCAGGUGACUGCCAUGCAUAAAGCAUCCCUCAAAGCAGCAGCCAAUGCUGAAAUUAUGGUUGCCAAAGCGGAGGCUGCUGCUGUUGCUGCUUCCAAAAAGUCAAUGCCAGUUGUGACUGCGGCUUCCACCAAGCUAGCAGUUGAAUGCUUGCUCUUGCUCUUGUGCUAUUUUCUUUUUUUUGUAAACAUGGAUGACCCUCAGGCUUUACUCGAAAUCUGCCUAGAUUGUGCAGGAAAUCUCUACGACGGAAUCCGUCAGGACUUGAUCGCCGCUACUAGUGAUACCUGUUUUGUCCAGCUUGACAAGGACUGA